AAACCAAGUUUGAGUUUCUUCUGAUUGGGCAAAUGAUUGAAUACAUUUCGAUAAAAAGAGAGUAGACAAAGUGUGUAUGUGUCUGUAAAUUUUCAAUAAUAAAAGUGUUCACUUAAUGGUCAUCCAAAUCAAAAGCAGAUACGGAUGAGAUAUAUUCACUACUGUUUCGAUUUUUAUAUAUCCGGUUGUUCGCCACACAAUUUCUAUUUGUCAUCUGAUAUUUAUAUAGUUUCAAAUAUCAAAGAAACGUUUUUUUAUCGAUGACUUUGUGAUCAAAUCCUUAGUUACGAUAAGAUUCACCUUUAAAGUGCCUAUCAGUUUAUUAUUAAAAAAAACAAUAAUGGUUGAUGAUAUUCAUUCGAAUCAUUCAUUAUGGUUGGAUGUAUCCAACAAGUGGUCGUCAUCAUUGGCUGCUUUAAUUUCCAUAUCAAAAUCCAAUGAUACAAUCAUAUCGAACAGUCAUGAUGUUAAUGAAAAGAUUACCGUAACAGGUCAUACAACAAUGUUUCAAUUAUAUUUGGUCACUAUUGCUUCCUGUUGUGUGAUAUCAUUUUCAUCAAUGUUAAUGUUGUUGAUAUUUUUACGUUUUUUACAAAAACGUACCGUCGAUCAUUGUCUAGGAAAUUCUUCAAAUAAAUUUGAUCUUGAACAAAGUGAAUUUUUAAAAUUGAUUUUAGCAUUCGCUGUUGGAGCUUUAAUCGCUGACGUUUUUCUACAUAUUUUACCUGAAGCAUGUGGUCAAUUAGUUAUGGCCGGCUAUACGCCACAAAAUACACAACAUUAUCUUGGAGUAUGGAUACUGAUCGGUGUAAUCAUUUUUGCGACGACUGAAACAUUUAUUAGACUAAUUAUUGUGAUAGAAAAUGAUGAGAGCAAUAAAUUUUUAAAAAAUAUAAACGAUGAAAAAAUCACUCAAAAUGGUGAUUCGAAAAAUUUACGAAAUCGACUUCAAAAAUCAUCAAAAGAAAUUAAUGAAUCAUCAUUACCACCAAUGAAUAAUAAUACUCCUACCGCAACAGGUUAUCUUAAUCUAUUGGCUAAUGGAUUCGAUAAUUUUACUCAUGGAAUGUCAGUGGCUGCUUCAUUUUUGGUUAGCUACAAAAUGGGCAUAAUGACAACUAUAGCGAUUGCCUUACAUGAGAUGCCACAUGAAGUUGUCGAUUUUGUUAUACUCAUACGCUCUGGUUUUACCUGUUGGCGAGCAUUUAAAGCCCAAUUAUCCAUAUCAAUAUUCACCAUAAUUGGUAGCUUAUGUGUUCUAUAUUGUGAACAACAAUCGCAAUCGAAUUCUAGUUCUUUUAAUGCAACUUUAUGGAUUUUACCGUUAACGUCCGGUGGUUUCCUUUACAUUGCAUUAACUAGCCUUCUGCCUGAAUUAUUGAAUCUAAAUGAUGAUCAAAACAAUGAACGAUCAAAACCUAAUAACCAUGUGUCAAUAGUAUCUAAAUCACCUUUCAAAAUUGUCACUCGAAAACAAAAAAUUUAUAUCCUAUCAUGCCGUUUAAUGUUUGUCAUAUUUGGUAUAAUUAUCAUGGAAUCGAUCAAUGCUAUUGAUUUGUAA